AUGGAAUCUGGGAUAGAAGAGGAGGCGGAAAGUCAAGGCAGCUGGAUGGGCGAACUGCCCAACUUUGAGCCAAUGGAUCCAACUUCCAAUGAGGGAAUAGGAGAACAGGGGAACCAUAUGUGGGGACUGGGACACUACACACCAGAUCGAAUUCUCGCCUUUGACAAAAAAACAGAUGAUGCCACAUUUUACCUCUCUAGUCAAUGGUUGACUAAGUUUGUACCAUCGGUGUACACCUUGGUAUUCAUUGUGGCUCUACCUUUGAAUGUAUUGGCAAUCAUCAUAUUCCUGUUCAAGAUACACAUCAAGAAGCCAGCGGUGGUAUAUAUGCUGAACCUGGCAGCUGCCGAUGUACUCUUUGUUAUUCUGCUGCCUUUCAACAUCGCUUAUCGAUUCUCCGGGAACAACUGGCUCAUUGGGGAGGGAAUGUGCCGAUUUGUCACUGCUGCCUUUUACUGCAACAUGUACUGCUCCAUCCUGCUUAUGACCAGUAUGAGCAUGGACAGGUUCCUGGCUGUGGUUUAUCCAAUGCAGUCUCUUACCUGGCGCACAAUGAACCGAGCCUGGCUGGUCUGUCUCUUCAUCUGGAUAAUAUCCAUAGCCAGCACCGUGCCGCUUCUAAUCAGUGAGCAAACUCAAUACAUCGACUCACUAGACAUCACCACCUGCCAUGAUGUGCUGGACCACAAACAACAACAAAACUUCUAUCUGUAUUACUUCAUUAUCUUUUCUUUAAUCUUCUUCUUCUUACCUUUAGUCAUCACAAUCAUCUGUUACAUUGGGAUCAUACGAACAUUGAGCUCCAGAAAUAUUGUAAAUUCUAACAAAAAGACAAGAGCUGUGGUCUUAGCCAUUAUAAUGCUUUCUGUGUUCGUUAUUUGUUUUGGCCCAACAAAUGUCAUCUUUUUAAUGCAUUAUAUGCAUUUCACUGUUGGCUAUGAUGGGUCCCUAUACUUUGCCUACAUCCUGUGUGCCUGUGUUAGCAGUAUCAGUUCCUGCCUCGAUCCUCUUAUGUUUUGCUAUGCAUCGUCAAAGUGUCGGUUGUAUGCCUACAGUUUGUUGUUCUGUAAGAAAACUGAGGAACUGCGGACAAAACAAAAAGAAUUAUCUACAGAAAGUAGUACUUUGUAA